AUGUUGAAGAAACUGUUCUUGGUCUGUCUGCUGUUCGUGGCUCUGGUAGCCUCUAUACAAGCAACUCCGGAGCCUGAACCACAACGUGGAGGUGGUGGUGGGGGCUACGGAGGUGGAGGCUAUGGAGGUGGACACCACGGUGGUGGAGGACACCAUGGUGGUGGUGGAGGUUGCCAUGGACGUCAUUGGUUGUCGUCAAACACGGUCAAUAUGUUGAGGAAACUGUUCUUGGUCUGUCUACUGUUCGUGGCUCUCAUAGCCUCUAUACAAGCAGCUCCGGAGCCUGUACCACAACGUGGAGGUGGAGGUGGUGGACACCAUGGUGGUGGAGGACACCACGGCGGUGGAGGACACCAUGGUGGUGGUGGCGGAUGCCAUGGAGCUCUCGUAGCAUCUAUACAAGCCGCUCCGGAGCCUGAACCACAACGUGGAGGUGGUGGUGGGGGCUACGGUGGAGGUGGACACCACGGUGGUGGAGGACACCAUGGUGGUGGAGGACACCAUGGUGGUGGUGGAGGAUGCCAUGGACAACAAUGUGGAUAG